AUGACCUUCAUUCCUCAGCAGAUCCUUUGGCAGAUGAUGAGAAUUUUAUUUCGAAGUCUGACCUCUGACGAAGUAAAGUCUCCUUGGUCAACUCUACGGCAGGACGAGAUCAGUCGUGAGGAGAUUUUCCAGGACGUUACGCGGUGCAUGCAAGACAAUUACUUCUUCAGAGAGCCGGAUACGCAGAAGAAAUUGUUGGAUAUCCUUUUCAUCUAUGCGAAGCUGAACCCCGAUAUAGGGUAUCGACAGGGAAUGCACGAGUUACUGGCACCCGCCCUGUGGGUAAUCCAACAGGAUGCAGUCGAUUCAAAGACCGUUCCCAGCACGAGCAAACAGGAUGAGGGUAUAACCUUCAUGUUGGAAGUCCUAGACGCAAAGUUCGUUGAGCAUGACGCUUUCAGUCUCUUCUGCGCGUUGAUGCAAACUGCAAAGGCAUCUUACGAGAUCGGCGAUAACAAAGAGUCGUCGCCUAUUGUCGCACGAAGCAAGAGAAUCCACGACGAAAUCCUCGCAUCUGUUGACCCAGAGCUCGCGCUUCACCUGAAUGUCAUUGGGAUCCUGCCGCAAAUAUAUUCUAUCCGCUGGAUCCGACUUCUUUUCGGGCGAGAGUUUGAGUUUAAGGACGUUCUCAGAGUAUGGGAUUUGCUCUUUGCCGAGAAUCUGAGACCAGAUAUCGUCGAUGUCACUUGCGUUGCAAUGCUUCUGAGAUCUCGCUGGUCACUAGUCGACGCGGACUACACUACGGCAAUCACAGCCUUGACUCACUACUCCUUGCCCGACUACGACGGAGACCCUCGCUCUUUGGUCAGAGAUGCCAUUUUCUUGGACAAAAGUCGGAGUAGCGAGGCCGGAGCAACCCUCAUACAUCACUAUACCGGCAGACGCCCGAAGGAAACCGAAACAUCAAACAGUCGUAGCAAAUCCGCAAUCCGAGCCACUAGACAGCCUCAACACCGGGAGUCUCCAAAUACAUCUCCAGGCAGGUUUGCUUCGCCUCAAAGGCAGCUGGAAGGUUUAUUUCAAGAAGUCACUGGUGGUUUGCAGAGACGCACUGAGGGCUGGAACGUAUCCAAGGCUGUUCGAAGUGCAGUAGGUGAAGUUCGGCGUAAUAUGAACCACUAUCAAGCGCCACAUUCAAGGACUUCAAGUUCCGACGUGACCAGAUUCGAAAGGCCGGAUCCGCAGCGCAGACUGCAGGAACUGCAGGACCGAAAUCUAGGAUUGGCAAAAAUGCUCCAAGGAGCCAUUCAAUCCCUCAGAUCCAUCAAGCUGACAAACUCGGACAAUACUGAAGCGGAGCAUAGCUUGAAUGUCUCCUUGGCCAGGAUCCAGUUUGUUUCCAUGUAUUUGUCCCACCCGGAGAUUCCAAUUCCAAGAGACGAAUUGGAUCAGGAGUCACAGGGACCGAUCCCAGUAAGACAAACAGCGACGGAAAACAGUGCAUUGCCCAUACCACGUGAACCACGUGGUGAAGCCAGUGCUGAACAGCCCUCGAUUCGCAUUGCUGAGAGGCCUGCCGAAGCUCACAAACCCCAGGUGGGAGCUUCGGAUGGCAAACAAACCACAAAGCCUGCACUCCGACCCUCUCUAAUGGAUUCAUCCUUUUCAUUCAUGCUCGGGGAGGGCAGGCAUCGGUCUAGCUUUGUCAGCUCGGUGGCAACACUACCUGAGCAAAGAAGAGAUAGCGAGUCCAGAAGCAGGUCCAGACAACUAACAGCGGAAACGAAAAUACCGCAACAACGCAGUGAUUCUGAGAACGAAGAUGACGGGUUCACCUUGGCUAACAUGAAAGGUGGCGCAUAA